AUGAACCACGAAGCUGGCAGCCUCCCCAACUUGGUCGAAAACCUUGUAAAGAACUGGGAAAUAGAGGCAUCUUUUAAACCGAAUUUUGCUGAUUGGCGUACUGUUGAUCAAGAAUGCUACACUUUCUCCGUGAAUGGCGGGCCAGCUCAGUCUCCAAACCAUAUGCUCGCCGUUGGAACAUAUAAUGCCAUUAUCCCUUCUAAUGCAUAUUAUGACCCAAAACACUCCGAUUUCGCAAAGAGCCACAAGACUUUCAAAAGGAUGAUGCCAACAUUUGCAUGGGAAGUGUUGGAGGUAUAUAGCGGUCCACCUGUAGUGGUAUUCAAGUGGCGGCAUUGGGGAAGAAUGACCAACGACUACUCUGCGGUCAAUGACAAGGGCGAGAACGUGAUGGUUAAGGCACACAACGGUGCGAUAGACAUUGAGGGACUGGUUGUUGCAAGGGUGAAUGAUAACCUUCAGAUCCAGUCAAUCGAAGUAUGGCAGGAUCCUAUGGCCAUGUUCAGGCAGAUUGACCCGAAAGGAGAAGCGCAACUCAAGCCUCAGACGGAGACGGAGUUAUUGACGGAUGAGUCCAGUAGCAAAGUGCAAGUGCCACAAUGCCCUAUUGCUCAUUAA